UAUCGCUCAGUGUGCGUUCCUCAUUUUCCUGAUCACGUUUUAAUUUUUGUCUGUAAUAGCGCUACUGUAAACUUCUUAACUGGAAUCAAAAUGCGUGGUAUGCUGUUAUGAUAAAGUUUAAUCAGAUCUCAAAGCGCGAUAUGGAGAGCGUUCAUGUGCAUUUUGAUUUAUCUAGUGGGAGCCAUCACGAGGGCAAAGUGAAGGCAUCGCGACUGCUCUGUUAAAGUGAACAUUUUGCAAGUGCUUGAUUGCCCUGAUUAAAGUUGCCACGACAUAGUUGCAGGAUGAAAUAUGCCGCAGCUCAUAAUUAUUAUGCUUUCUUUCGGCUUUCCGGGAUGCCCUUGCGCAGGAUUGAUGGUUUCUGAUUGUGGAGUUGGUUGCGUUUGCGAGUGCACGUGGACAUGCCAUGAUCAAGCCAAAUUGUUUCGUCAGUGAAAGUAAAAACUAUGAAAGGCUGCACCACUUUUUAUGAAUUGUUGGCCACGGAAACAUUAUUGUUACGGACGCGAUAUCGAUCAGGGACUGGGAGUGCAUUAUUCAACCGAAAGGAAGGUUAAGAUAGUGCAGCCGGAAGCGUGCAGUACGCUCAUGCUGAUGUGUGGCAUGGAUAUGCGAGCGGAAGCUGUGAGCAAACUGCAAUUCAGAAUAAUAGAUGUUGCGGUUUCGUGUGGUAGGAGAACGCGGUCUGAUUGUUGAAUCGCCCCUGUUUCUGGGCGGUAGUGUUUCGGGAAACACUUGCAGAGAAACUGAUACGAGAUGAUAAUCAGCGCAAAAUUCCUGUUGGGAAUUAUCGUGAUAUCCUUUGUGGGAUUUGUGACUUAUUUUCAGCUAUUCAGCUCCUCAUCUCUUUUGGUUUUGAUCUCAUCGUCUUCUCGCGGCGUGUCGUUUGACGGAAACACCGAAGUGAUUCAGCUGGAAGCGGUAAUAAGGAAUGUCACAAACGCAACGGUUAUUCAGAUUGGAUCAGUGUAUCCCAGUUGCACAGAAAAAUCUGCCAAAAUCGGUACGGUUCUGAUGCGGGACUUUGGCGAUCAUUCGAAAGAGGUCUGGCUGAUCUUCCAGCUUCAUCCGGAAAGAAUUAUAGAUGCAGGCCUGCUGAAAGUGCGCGUCUUUCACAAUUCAAGAAAGUUAUAUACAACACAUUACGACGUGUGUAAAAGGUUUUUGCCUUCCUUGAAAUGUCCACUUUCCAUGGAAAGCCAGACUUUCGGCCUUCAGUACAAGCUUCCGUUUUUCAUGUUUUCGGGAAAUUAUGGAAUUGAAGCAUGGACAGUUGACCAAAAGGACCACACAUUUGCCUGUAUUCUUGCCAAUUUAACUGUUUGAUUCCUUUGGCUGGAAUUCCUCGCUGCAUGCCUUGCUACUACGUGUAUAUGGCGUAAUAAAGACAUAUUCUUGCUACAAAGUUAUGGUUCUCCUGGAUUUUGUCAAGAAACCUUCUGCAGAGGAUUCUUCCGGUGGCAUGAAGUGUUCCUUAACCGUUAUCCUUUUUAUUGUUGGUGACUUCAGUUUUGCAGUUUGAGUUCAGGUUGGAAGUGGGUGGGAAUGUGCUGGGUUUAAUUUAUGCUUUUCGCCAGUGUUUGGUAACGGUGCUGUUUUGAAAUUUGAAGUUUUAGUAUUUGAAUCAUUACUGACAGUGAGAUUUCAGUAUACAAUUCAGGAUUUACACGUCAAUAAAUCAACAUUCUGAA